AUGUUUGGAAUCCGAACUCCCAUGAAAAAGGCGCAGGCAGAGAAGGAGAGAAGCCCACCCACCAGAUCAGAGAUGGCAGGACCAUCUCAAAGAUCUGAGGAGGAUAGCGCUAAGAGUAAGGUGAGAAGGAGCAUUGGAGAGUGGGAGAGAGAGGGGAGAGAGUCGGAGCCCAAACCAACGGGUGGGAAUAAACAGAUUCCGGCGGCACGUACGAAGCAGGUUGUGGCGCCCACUACGAGUAGAAUGUCUACCUCAAGUGGCCUCCAAGGGACCUGCAAGCCUGACCUCAAAAGGAAGAUAUCAUGCCUCACCGGGAAAACUUCAAAGUGCCGGACGAAAAAGAUAUCCUAUAAAAUUAGGCAGGGUAAAUACGAAUGGCGCCUUGAAGAACUUGGAUUUGAGUGGCAGGAUAUCAAGCCGACACUCGGAUGCGUCAGGUGCAUUUUGGACAAGAAACCGGGAUCCAACAGGAGCAGGUCCGGAGACACU